AUGUAUUUCUUGUAUGGCUACUGCAUGAUGGGUAAUCAUCGAGAAAGAGUGGGGUAUUUUAAGAUCGAACCUCCCGGGCUUUUUCAAGGAAGAGGCAAUCAUCCGAAGCAGGAACUGAAGAAAAGACUCCAGGCUAAAGAUAUCAGCAUUAAUAUUGGCAAAGAUGCGAAAGUUCCCGAUCCUCCUAACGGGCAAAGAUGGAAAGCAGUUCAGCAUGAUAAUAAGGUUACGUGGUUAGCCUGUUGGAUCGAGAAUAUCCAGGGAAGUUACAAGUACGUCAUGUUAAAUCCAACAUCAAGGAUCAAGGGAGAAAAAGAUGGGCAGAAGUAUGAAACCGCGCGUAAAUUAAAGGGUUUAAUUGGUCAAAUCCGUCAAGGAUAUAGAAAUGAUUGGAAAUGUAAGGAAAUGUGUUGUGUAGCGUUGUAUUUCAUUGAUAAGCUUGCUCUUCGUGCUGGUCACGAGAAGGACGAAGAUACCGCUGACACAGUGGGUUGCUGUUCACUACGAUAUGAGCACAUAAAACUUCAUAAACAACUCGAGGACAAAGAAUACGUAGUUGAGUUUGAUUUUCUAGGUAAAGAUUCCAUUCAUUAUCACAACUUUGUACCUGUUGAAAAAAAGGUGUUCAAGAAUUUAGAAUUGUUUCAGCAAGGGAAAACAGACGGAGACGACCUGUUCGAUAGGCUGACUACAACAUCAUUAAACAAACAUCUCUCAGAUCUAAUGGAAGGCCUCAGUGCCAAGGUCUUCCGUACAUACAAUGCAUCAAUGACCUUACAAGAACAGCUGGAUAAACUUGAGUUAGAAGAUAAUGUUGCAGCAAGAGUAUUGGGUUAUAAUCGCGCAAACAGAGCUGUCGCCAUCUUAUGUAACCAUCAGCGAUCCGUUCCAAAGACGUUUGAACAAUCCAUGUCAAAUCUUCAGCAAAAGAUUGACGACAAGAAAAAAGCCAUAGAGGAUGGGAAUGUUGAACUAAAGGAUCUUAAACGUGAAGCUAAAGGAAGCGAUUCAGUAACACUUGCAAAGAAAAUCGAAAGGAAAAAGGUCGCCAUAGAACGUUUAAAGGAACAAUUGUUUAAACUGGAAGUCUCACAAACAGAUAAGAAUGAAAAUAAGGAAAUUGCUCUUGGGACAUCCAAGUUAAAUUAUCUUGAUCCGAGAAUAUCGAUUGCUUGGUGUCUAAAGAACGAUGUCCCUAUUGAGAAAAUUUACAAUAAGACGCAACGUCAAAAGUUCGCUUGGGCUAUUGAUAUGACCGAGAAAGACUUUGUUUUUUGAAAAUUUAGUCUGUAGUUAGUGAAAAUUUUAACUCUUUGUGAAUUUACCAUUUUAACAUAUUCUAAUUGGACGAUUUUAACCUAUUUAUGUCGUUCCUGAUUUUGUUUGAAAGCAGACAAUUGAGGUUAUUCUUUCGACGUAAAAUCAAGACCAUUUGUUCAGCUGACAAUCGUGUGGUAAAUACCUACAUCAGAAUUACAGUUCUCUUUCUAUCUUUGCCA